GCUGCGUUUAAAUUAAGGCGCGAUUCUAUUGACUGUUUUGGAAGUCUUUCUACAUUUAUAGUCAAUGCUUUAACUAUGUUUUUACCUCAUGUGACCAGGCAUUAAAGUUGUGAUUACAUCAAAUAUGUAUAAUCUACAUACUUUUUAAAACAGUGAUAGAUUUUGGAUAUCGUGAUUAUUUUGUUUCUAUUUACAAGUACUAAUUAUAAAUUACAAAUAGAGAAGAAUAAUUGUUAUUGCAGCUUUGUUCAAAAUAAAAUCUCAUCAUUUAUUAAAUUCUGAUAUAUACUGUAAUAUAUAGAAAACGAUUUCGUUUAGAUGUGAUAAUUUUGUGUAAAAUUUCUACUCCUGAUAUGAAAUAUAAAAUAUUACUAACGACAUAAAAAUAGUGAUCGAAGGAAGAACAAUUUCAAUUAAUAAUUAAUAGCGAUUGACACGCGCGUUCAACUGGCAACAUGGCGAACGUGUAAACAGAGAUUCUUUUAAAAAAAUUGUUUAUGAUUGAAAAAUUAAAUUAUUAAAUAAUUGAUACACAAUAGUAUCAUGAUGUUAUAUGCAAAUAAGUUAAGUGUUUUUAUAAAGAUUCACGUUCAGUACAGCGAUACAAACUUUGUUAAGUAAAUGAAUAAUGUAAAUUGUUUUAUUCAUCUGUACUUUAUUGAUUUUAUAUACAAAAUUAUAAAAAGUGCAAUAAAUGUACAAAGGAUAACAAAGUGCUGUACUGUAAAGUGUAAUGAGUGGAUCUGGUUUUCGAGAACAGGGCAUUGAACCACGGAGUAUUCAUCCAAAUGGCCCAAUUGGUGCUUAUCGUGGGACCUGUUCAUCUCACCCUCGUUUUAAUCAUCCCCGUUUACUCCAUAAUAGAUUACCGACACCAGAGAAUUGGUCAGGAAGAUCAAAGCACGAUUUACGUUUUCCCUCUUGGAGCAAUGCUAAAUUUCAACGUCCCAUAUUUCGUGGUGUAUCCCAUUUUCGUCAUCAUGGCAGAGGAUGGGGUACGAUUCAUAGAGAAAAUUUACGUUUUCCUGAUUCUAAUAGAUCAUCCAUCGUGCCAUAUUCCUCAAAUCAUAAUAAACAUGGUGGAAGCAUUAAAACAAUGUCUAUGCAAAAGUUACACGAUGAAGAUCAAUCAAAAAAUAUUAAACGUAAUCAAUGUUUACAAUCAAUUCCUUUACUUGGAUCUGAGGAAGAACGUCAAAAGAAAAUCACUGAGACUGCAGUUCGAUUAAAAGAAAAAUUAUCUAUCAUUACCAACGAAGAUAUUACUAAUCUUUGGCGAGAUGAUCUGUCUAUAGUAUCAUCGUCUAACAUAAAAGACAAAAUUAUACUUAAGUUAGGGGAUGAACAGCCUGAACUUAAUCGUUCUUUUAAUAAUUUUAAAGAUUUAGAUAAGAUUGACUCGGACAAUGUGAAGUCUGAUAAAAAUGAUGACAUUAAUGAAGCUAGAAAUGGAUUUAAUUUUAUACAUGACAAUGUCAAUGAAGUAAGAAAUAGUAUUAAAGGUGUUGAUACGACAGAUAUUGAAGGAAACAUUCUAAGCGAUGAAUCUAUGACGAUUAUUAAUGAUAAGAUUGUAACAGAAAGUAAAUCGCAAAAAGAUAAUGAUAAAAAAUCACAAGAAGACGCCAAUUCUCCACAUCGUACGUCUAUUACUUUGUCAAAUAUUUCAGAAGUAUGUAACACAGAAUUAACGAACUCUUUGCAAGGAAAUACAGGAAAAAUAAAUAUGUUACAAACUCGAAAUGUUCAACAAUCUGAUAAUACUCAAAUACAUGAUCAUGAAUUAAAUGCAAAAUAUGUGAAUACAUCAUUACACUGUCAAUCAGAAUAUCCUAAUUCUGAUGAUAUGCAGAAAUCUCAUUGGAAAGCAUCAAAAUAUCAAACAAACUCAUUUCGUAGAAAACCAUUUGAAUCAAGAUGGUCACAUAGAAAUCAUAGAUACGUGUAUAAUAGAUCACAGAAUGAAUCAACAAGAUUUAAUCCGCAUGCAUCGUCAUUGCAUUUGCAUAGAAAUAUAACGCCUUUAAAACAAGAUUCACAAUAUAAUGUAUUAUCUUCGUUUGAUAUAAACAGAUCUCAAUCACAAUUUCCUACAACGUCAAAUUUAAUGCAUAAUAAGGAUAAUUUGCAGACUACUUCAUGCGUAGAUCAUAGUACUUUACCUUUUAUACCUGUUAACAUUUCUUCAAGUCAAGAAGAUAUUUUGCAAACAGUGUCAGUUUUUAAUUCAUGGGAGUCAUCUACUGCAUUAAGUUACAAUCCACAUAAAGAGCAAAUAAUGAAUAUACCAAAUUUUAAUCCUCAACAACCACCACCAAAUUUUAAUAAUCAAAAAGGUACAUUACCAUUAUCUUCUGUAUUCGAUCAACAUCUUUUGCCACAAAAUCAGUCAAAUUCGACAAUACAUGCGCUUAAUCCUUUGCAAACAAGUGCAAUUUCAGUAAGUUCUACAGAUUUAUAUUGCCCUGUAAAUUGUACCACAUCAUCAAGUACUGCAUUGGUACAAGCUACAACUUUUUCUACAAUAUCACAAAUAAGUAUACCAUCAUCUUCGAGUCUUUUAUCAACUGCUCCAAUCAACUUCUCCCCAAAAUUAAUUCAUACAGCACCUAUACAAAUGACAUCUUAUGAAGUAACAUCACCUGCAACAAUAAGCAAAGCUGAACAUCAAGCAUUGCUUUAUAACAAGGCAUUAGAUUCUGCUCCAAUUUCCAAUUCAGAUAAUAAAAUUAAGGAUGAAUUUCAAGAGAUACAAGAAGCAGCAAUGCAGUUUGCAAAACAAGCUACGAAUAUAAAAGAUGAUAUAAAUAUUAAUACCGAAUCUGAGCAACCCCUAUCUAUUGGAAUUCCUUCACUAAAUACAUCUGUAAAACAACAAAAUGUUAGUGAUGUAUUGCCAUCUUUUACACAAAUACAUGAAAAUAUUAAUAAGGAAAAGGAACAGUUGGAUCAACAUUGUAAUAAGUUUACUAAAAUAACUUUAAAAGAACGAGUAAUAACUGAAUUUCACGGAUCAUCUAAUUUUGAACAUGAAAAACAAUUAAAUCAAAAUGAUAAUGUUGAAGAAAGUGGUCUUGUAGAUAAACAGAUUCGACCAAAAGUCAUGUUUCAUUUAAAUCCUAAGUUAAACAAAAUAAAUAAGCAAGGAAAACAGCUUCAGAGAAUUGAAGAUGACGAGAGAGAACAGUAUAGUUCUCCAGCAAAUGAUUUCCAUCAAAUAUAUUCAAAAGAAUAUUCCAAUCAAAAGAUUGAAGAGUGUGCUAAUCAAAUGAUUAGAAGUAAUCAAGAUAGAACUUCGAAACAUAUUAUAGAAGUAAAAGACAUUGACACAAUUAAUAGUCUUAUUGAUGAAUCACAAAGGUCUUAUUUGGAGUCUCGAAUUUCUGUAACUUCUGAUAAUUCUACCAUACAAAGACCUCAAGAUGUUAUAAAAAAAAGAAAGAAAGUAGAAUCUCCUCCGUCUGAAUCUUCAUGGAAAAAUAGAAUUAUCAGUCGUUUUUUAAAAAUGAGUAAAAAUGAUAUUCGUAACAUGAUAAAUAAUUCUAGUCUUCGAAAGUUUAAUAUUGCCAUGAAACAUCUUGUCAAAGAAAAAAAAUCAUUAUUGUCAUUAGAGAUGCGAAACACUGAAGAUGAAAAAAUUAAAAGUUAUGAUAGACAAGAAUUCAUGGAUCAGUUAAAUGCAAUGCUAGAUCCAGCAGCUAUCGUUGAUAUCACUAAUUUACCUACAGAUUUUAUCCAUCAUUUAAGUGAAGUAUUACAACUUGAUGUCAAGCCACUAGAAUCAAAUGAAAAUAUUUUUAAUUACACUAAUGAUUGUCAAAAUAAUAAUUCACAUGUAUUUUCUAAUGAAGAAGAAAUAUUAAACAAUAAUAUUGUUUCAGAAAAUAUUCAUUUAGAAGAAAUAAAUGACAGGACACAAGCGGAAUACAAUAAUCAAUCAAAAGACGGGGAUAAUAUAGUCUCAUCUUCUAUCAUUGCAGAGUCAAAUAUUAACGAUAGUAAUAUAGCUCCAAUUGUAAAUUCAUCUAAAACCAAUGAUAACAGGAUAUUAAACUCUAAUGAAAUAUUUUCGAAGACACUACUGGAAAAUAAUGAUCCACAAAUUGAUCAUUUUACCAAUAAUGUAUAUGUAGCAGAGAAAGAUAUUACACGAAAAGACAUUGAGAAAAGAAAACAACAUUCAUUGUUCGAUGCGACUGAUUUAGAUGAUAUACUUUCAACUGUUAGUACAAAAGCAUCAGGCGAAUCCAAAUCAAUAAAUUCAGAAGAAAAAUCAAAGUCUACAAUAAAAACAAAUAAAACAUGUGAUGAAAUAACAAAAACCUCAAUACCCACUGAUCAACUUAUAUCGGUAAAUACUACAUCAUUUAUUUCCAAACCAAAGAUUUUGGAUUCUACCAAACAACAUGAAUGUAAUUCAGGAAAUGAAUAUAUAUCGAAGUUUGAAAGAUAUAAUAGAUGGUGGACUAGAAAAGAACGAGAUGAACCAGACGCCUUUAGAAACCUUACGAAGGAAGAAUGGGAGGCAAAACAUGGAAAAAAGAUGAAGAGUUUAACAUCAAAUUCUUCCAAAUUACAAACAAGUAGAUAUAGCGAUAAUACAAAUUUAACAAAUAAAACAUAUAAUAAAACUUCCAAUUCUAAAAAUUAUUCAUCUCCGCGCUCAUUUAAAACGAAUAAAAGUUCUUUCAGUCGGAAAACUGUGUUUUGCAAGAAAGAAUCCAAAAAGGAUAAUGUAGAAAAUGAUCGUAAUACGAGCAGUUCAAGUCCAAGUGAGACUGAUGAUACUGAUAGCACAAGUAGUGAUGAUAGAACACCAUCGGAUGUAGCUAAACUUCUGAAGGUAAUUAAAGAAAAAGAAAAGAUAGCUAAAAAUAAAUCAUUAAAUGAGACAAUAAGAGAUGAAGUAACAGCUGAAAUUCAUCGUAAAUGGAAUGCGGAAGAUAGAAAAAGAAAAUAUCAUAAAAAGGAUAAAAGAAGGAAAGAAAAAAAAUUAAAAUAUAGGGAAGAAAGAAAAAAAAGAAAAAAGAAAAUAUCUGAAAGCAGUUCUAAUUCUGAUAACAAUCAACUUGGUACACAUAAUCUACUUACAGAAAUGGAAAUUAAGAAAGAAACUAACGUUAAAGAAGAAUUCGAUGUUGCCAUAGAAGAAGGCUCCGAAUCUACUUUACAGAUAGUAAAUAAUACAUGCUCUGAUAAGCUGGAAACAGUAAAAACCUUAACGGAUAAAAAAAUAAUGUUGGAAAAUGUAGAUAAAUGUACAAUAAAAGAGAGUAAUAGAAUUACACUGAUCCCUACAAUAAUACAACUAAAACCACAAUUACAAUUAAUUCCAGAAACAUUAAAAUCUGUAGAAGAAACGGAAUUUAUGAAAAAUACAGCCAAAAUAGUCUUGAAUGCGAAAUAUCAUGAACAAAAUAAAGCACCUGCAUUGAAUAAUGAAAAUAUAUCCGAAAUAAAUGAAGAUUCUGAGUGUCCAAAUAAUAUAUUAACAAAUGUUAUAGAAACAGAGCACACGGUUCUUAAUAAUAAUGAUAAUACAACGAAGAACAUAACUAAUACAUCCAUUGUAAAGGAACAAAGUGGUAAGGAGCAAAUUCUUCAUGUAAAAAAAGAAGCAUUAUCAAUUAUUCCUAUAGUUCACGAAUCAAAUAGAGAAAAGUUAAUAGAUAAUAAAGCAACAUCUAAAAAGAUAGAUAUAAAGGCAUAUAAAGCACGUAAAUUACAACGAAAAAUGAAAAAUGAAGAAAAAAUAAAUGAGGAAAAAGCAGUAAUAAGUAAUAAACAUGCAAUAAAUAAUGACACGUUUAAUGAUAGUUUCUCCAAGUCGAUAAUAGAGGAAAAACAGAAACCAGAUACUUACGUUUCACUAAAAAUUAUGCCUUAUACAAAUUUGAAAGAUACAAAUUCUAUUACACAAACAAAUAAGAUAUCUAGAGAUUCUACUAAAUUUAAAAAUAUUAAAUCAGAAGGAAGUAGGGAAUUAAAAUUAAGAAAAGAAAAAUUAGAGAAGAAUAAAAAGAAAAUUGAAAUAAAAAAGAAAAUAAAAGAAACAAAAGAAAUAUCAAGUGCCAAUCAAGAAAAAAUAAAUAAUACUUCUGAUGUUUUAAAAUCGUUAAACAAUGAAGUUGAAAAGAAUCAGGUGGAUGUUCCCAGUGGUAAACAUGAAAAUGUACAAUUUAUUACUGAUCAUUUAUUACUAACAAAAAAUACAGAAUCUUCAGUAGAGAAAGUUUCUAUUCAAAAUGAGGAAAUUUCUGUUAAUUAUAUUAUACCGUCGACAAGUGAAUUAAAAGAAACUUUAAGUGAAAAAAAUAAGAACAUUAAUAAUGACUUUAAUAAUACUAAACCAGUAGACAAAGAAAAAUAUAUAGAAACAUCAGAAAUAAAUAUUCCAACAAAAGGCACAUUAAAUAACAUCCAAACUAAAAACACAAACAAAAAUAAUAAUUUAUCUACUGCCAAAUACGAUUCAAAUAACUUGAAAUUCGGAAAAAGAGCCAUAUCUACUUCCAACGAAAUAUCUGUGGAACCAGAAAUAUGUAACUUUAUUAAUACUGAAGAGAUUAAUUCGCCAAAAAAUGAAAAUAAGAAGCAGGCCCAAGGACCUUGGAAUUUAACAGAAUUUAAUGAAAAUGUAACAAAUUUAGAAAAAGAAGUAUUGCCAAAAAAUAAAAGCGUAGAAUCUAAAAUUGUUGAAAGUGUGUCCAAUUGUGUAGAAUCUUCUGUUGAUUUUCAAUUGAAUAAAUGUUUUGAACUAGAUGAAUCACAAAAGAAUAUGAAAAUAUCAAAUAAUAGCACAAGUAUUACUAAUAUAAAUGUAAUUCCUCAAAGCAAACAAGGUAGAAUUCUAGAAGAAGACACUGCAAUAGUGAAUCAGAUUAAUCAAAAUUUAUUAGAGAAUCAGAACAAUCUUAAUAUUGGAAAGAAUAUAAUAAAUUCUACUUCAAACAUUUAUGACGAAAUGAUUCAUUCAAUAAAAAGUAAAUUAAAAUCACCUGAAAGUACUAGUAGUCCAUUUAAAGGAUUUGUUGCAGACUCUGUUGAACCCAAUAGCUAUCAACACAUAUUGCAUUUAGAGACACAAAGUACAGUCAUUCCUGUCAAAGAUAAUGCUAUAGAAGAUGAAAGUAAACAAUUGCAAUCAUCUUCUAAUGAUAAAUUUAAUCGUCAUAAUUUAAGUUAUCAAGAUACUUUAUAUAAUAAUAUUUCUUCUGAAAGUAGUCUUAAAGAUUCUUUAAAUACAGUUCAACAAUUAAAUAAAGAUGAAGGAGAAUCAUCUCAUGGGAAAGAUUUUAGGAUGAACGACAGUACAACAACUAUCUUAAGCAAUAAUUUUAAUUUAUUAAACAAUAAAGAUCAAAUGAAAGAAAUGAUAAAUAAAAGAUAUUCACAUAAAUAUGCUGAAAAUUCUAAAACAAAUGAGAAAAAUACAAAUAGGUUUAAACAGUCUGAAUACUCUGUGGAAAAUAACGAAUCUAUGCAAUCAGUAAAUGUUGACAAAAAUACUCACGAUGUAUCCAAUAAGCGAGAUAAAAUAUUUGCCGGUUUAUAUGAAUGUGAAGAUAAUGCAGUAAUGGAAAAGCCAGAUAUUGAUAUUGUAAAAGAUUCUUUAGUUAAACAAAAACGAUCACAUAAAAAAGAAAUUUCAGAUUUUAUAUCUACAUCAGACAUGAAUAAUACAAUAGAUUCUUCAUUCAGUAACAUAUCAAAUGAAACUUUGAAUAAUAUAAUCAAUACUGACACUGAUUCAUCUUUAGCUUCGCCAAUUAAUAGCAACACAAUUGGAAAUAAUAACGCUAAUAUGCUAAACCAGGAUAUUGCAGAUUUUGUUACUAAUAUAGACUCCUGUAAUAAAGAAAGCAUAAAUGACAAUAAUUCACACUUAAAUAAUGAUACUUAUACUAAUUUGAAUUAUAAUUCAACUCUGUAUGCUUCAGAAAGACUUCGGAAAUCAUUCAUACACCAUAUACCAAAGAAGUUAAAAGUUCCGACGAAAGCUUCUUUGAAAGAAUGUACAAAUAUUACUACAAUUAUGGAUUGUGUCAAAGAACCUUUGAAAUUUACAAAUUCUAAUUUAACAGAACAUGAGUGUGAAAAUCAGAACAUAGAUCAUUUUAUAACUGAUCAGGUAUCUCAGAAAAAAAAUAUUGAUAAUGCAAUUCUCAAUUCGGAGCAAAAUAAAUCUUCUCAAGAUGUACAUGUUGCAUAUGUAUCUGAUAAUAAAGAUUUGCAUCAAUGUUCAGAUGUAAAUGUAUUAUCUCAAACUGUUCUGAAUAAAACAAAAACAAUACACGAUGAAACUUUGAUUCCAUCUAGUCAUACUAUUUUUAUUAAAGAAUUAAUAGAUAGUAACAAAGUAUAUAAUCCUACUGUUCAAUCAGAAAGAAUGAAAGAAACAAAUAGACCGAUAACAGAUACAAUACGGAACUAUGCUGACACAAAUAAAAUUGAUGAGGGCCUAAAUAAGACUUCUUGCAUUGAUACACAAAAGCAAGGACAAACGAAUAAUACUUUGCAUGUUACAAAUAAAAAUAUAAAAGAAGAAAUAAUGGCUAGAAUGAUAGAUAUAGACGUGGAAAUUCAUAAAUUAAUGACAGAAAAAAUGACUUUAUAUCAAAUGCUAGAAAACGAUUCCUUAUUAUUAAAUAAGUUUCCAUUAACUAACAAUUUAGGAUUAGAAACGAAUAGAGACAAAACAUUAAUAAGACUUCAUACGUCCCCUACUUUAACAUCACAUACAAUGCAAAAUAUGGAGCUAAGCUCUGUGUCUGAAAUGAUUCAAGAUGAAAUAGAGCCAAGAAUUAUAAAUAUUGAUGAAAAUAAAGAAAAAUCUUUAAUAACAGAAGAAAAUAUAAAUUGCACAGGAAAAAUUUCAUCUCAUAAUCCUAAAGAUAGAUUAUUAUCAGAAUGCAGUGGAAGCUCACAAUCAUUACCGAUAUGUAAGGAUGAAAGGAAAAUACAAGAAAAUAAUAAAGUACUAUCUGAAAAUCAACUUCAAUCGACUGAAAAUCUGGAUACAUAUAAUUCUAUAAGAAAAACCUCAAGUAAUGUAACAAAAAGUACUUCAUUAGAGAGUAUACCAUAUAUCGAAAAAGAGAAACAUCUUUGCAUGUCACCGAUUAGUAUCACAAAAUCAUAUAAAGAAAAUCAACAAAUAAAAGUUACGUCACAUAAAGAAAAGCAAAAGUUAGAAUUUUUUGAAGCACCUAAAAAUAAUUCAACGCAAGCAUCCUUAAUAUAUUCUGAUGAUAGUACUUGGGGAUCUUUUGCACAAUUAUCUGAAAAUAUGGAAGAGAAGAAACAUAACACUGGUCUUGCUCUUUUAGAGGAAACAUAUAAACGAGAAAUAGCAGAAAAUCGGAAAUUAAAAGCAAAUGCACGUAAAAAGAAAAAGAAGGAACUGAAUAAAUUCUUGAAAAGUGUAAAUUAUUUAACACCCGAAGAAGAAGAAAUUCCUUUGAAUACAUUGUAUAUUAAAAAACUGCAACAAAAACGAGACCUACUUGAUUCAUUGGAUGACAAGAAAGAAAAUUCGACUAUUGAUAACUAUGAAAAUUCAUUUCAAUUCGAAAAGAUUUUGGAACAUGCAAUAGAGGUAAUAAAUGCUGUUGCAGAGGAUAGAGUAAAAGACUUAUAUGAGGAAAAAAAUGAAGAAAAUGGGAAUGAAAAUUUAAGCACAUCGUCAAAUAAAAUAAGGCAAAAUGAAGAUAAAAAAUACUUUACAAAACCUUUACAGAAUUCGAAUUCGAAUGAAGAGGAACCUAUUUGCUCUUCAUUAAGUUAUGAUCAAAAGCAAAAUUCUAUUAAACAUUCAUUAAAUAUUACAGACGAAAAUGUAAUUCAGCAAAAACAAACAGAAGAAGAAAAGAAUGCAAUUAAAGACAUUGAAGUACAAUCUACUGCAGUUUCUUGUAAUAAUCAAGACGGGAAUUUUGCUAUAAUGAAUAUGUCAAUUGAUGGAGAUAUUAGUCAAAAGAAAACUUCUUUGAUCGAUGAAACGUUCACUACUACUCAUUUUAAUAUACCUGUUCUUAUAGAAGCUAAUCAAUUAAAUGUUUCAAAUGAAAAAUUGAAUAAGGAUCAGAGUAAUCAUACAUUACAAAAAAUUGUAAUAUCUGAGAAUAGAAAUAAUUCUACGGAAGCUAUAGAUAAGAGUUUAAAAGGAUCUGAUAAGAAAGAAGAUUGUUUAGUAAAUCAGAAUACUACUGUUAAUAACUCAAUAUUUGAAAAACUUAAAUAUAAUAGUAAAACAGAAGAAAAUAUUAAACAAGUCACAGAAGAUAAAGGAAUGAAGAUACCAAAAAUCGUAUACGAAACGGAUGAAAUUACUUCAAAUAUACCUCAAAUUAGUAAUAUUCAAGAUAAUAAAACAUUCAAAUGUAAAAUCAGUAAUAAAAAUGCUUCAGUACAUAAGAAUUCAAAGUCUAUAGAGGAUAAUAUAAAGCAUUUAAAACAUGAUGAUACUAAUUCAAAUGAAGGAAGAACAGAUUUAUCUAUGGCUCUAUGUAAUACAAAAAAUAUAUCUCCAAUGCAUCAAGAACUCGAGAAUACAUUAUCUAAUGUGAAACGUAAUCGUAAGUUUCACAAGUUAGAAAGUAAUAAAGAUACAAAAUUUACUAAACCUGUAGAAGAUGAAUCAUCCAUCAAAUAUCAGUCGUUCAUAUUAAAAGAGAAUAUAAUCGAACGGUUUUCACCUAAUGUUGAUUCUCAAGUAUUAACACCUAAAAUAAAAAAUAUUGCAGUUAAAAGAAAAGUGCAUAACCAAUCAGAAAUGAUAAAUUGCAAAGUAAGAUUAGUUGAUGUAUUUAAAUCAAAUUUAUAUCAACACACACGAGACAAAUUUAAAUCUUAUAUACCUAUUUACAAAUCUGCUGCAAUAGAGGAUACAAUAAAUUCUGCACAUUUUGCUACAUCAUCUAAAACAAAUUCUUUGAUUAUAGAAACAAAUAAAUCAAAAGAUAUAAGAAAAGUUAAAAAUAUAUCUGGCAAUGUGCAAGAAAAAACUUCGACUUUAUGUCAGAAUCAAGUAAUAAAAACACACAAUAUUUUGGAUAAUAAAAAAGAAUUAAAAUUUUAUCCUAAAGUAAAUCCAUUACUUGAUGAUGAACAUUUAUCUUUGGAAUCUAAUAACGAAGGCAUAUCAGUAACAUCAAUAAAAGCUGUUCCUUCAAUUAUGAAGAUGUUACCACAACAAAAUGAAGAACUCGACAUUGCAAUUCUAGAAGAAAGAAAAAAAGAUGGUCAUUGUAGAUCUAUAGUAAAUUUACAUCAUGAUGAGGAAACACCAUUAUUAGAUGAAAUAAGAGAAAAUGAACAGCCAUUGAAAACACAAUAUAUAGCUCAUAAAGGGCCUAUAUUAGAUAUUAAGGUAUUUGGUGAUACAUUUCUAGCAGCCAGCGAAGAUGGUUCAAUAUAUAGAUACAGUCAAAAAUCUAAUGAAAUAUUGAAUAUUUAUAAAGGUCAUAGAUCAGCAGUUACGUGUAUGUACAUCCACGAAAUCAGUAGCCUUGAUUAUACAAAUAAUUGGGUAUAUUCAGGAUCUUUGGAUGGAACUUUACGUUGUUACAAUGUUAAGACCGGCACACAACUUAAUAAUAUUGCAAAUGUUGGAAGUCCUGUUCAGUGUAUGGAUCAAGCUUGGGGUAUAAUCUUUAUUGGUACUAAAUCAGGUCAUGUUUCUCGUUUUCAUAUAAAGUUUAAUGCUAUAAAAGGUGAUAGCAUACAAUUUUCUGACAAAUCAGUACUAGCUUUGAAAGCUACAAAUGAAGGUCCACGAAGAGUUCUUAUUGUAGCAUCGCGUAAUCAACCAAUAACAAUACGAGACGCACAGAAUGGAUUGUUUCUUCGGACAAUUUGUGGACAAAAAAAUCAUACAGUGUAUAGUUUAAUGCAAAAUAACAAUUUGAUUUAUUGCGGUACAAGUAGUACCUCGAUACUUGUUUUUGAUUUCACUAAUGGAGAACAAAGAGCACGAUAUGAUGCAGGUGUAGGUAUCGUUUGUAUGCGCCUCUAUCAUAAGCUUUUAUUUGCUGGCUGUUAUGAUGGAAACAUAUAUGUUUUUGAUAUUCAGGAUCAUAAACUAGCUUGUAGUAUACCUGGACCAGGAAAUAUGUUACUAAGUAUGGAAGUUGUUGACAAUAAGAUCAUAGCCGGUAGUAAAGACAAACGCCUGCAAACGUGGCAAAUACCGAAGCAAUUACAAGUGGUAUCACGUGAAAUGACAUAACAAGUAUGAAUUGCACAUAAGUCUAGUCUCAUAUUGAGGAAAUACACAAAUACCUCCAAGAGUAUUGAUAGUAUUGGUCUAUAAUUUACUUCUUUGAAGCUAAUCUACAGAACUUGAUAUAAGUUAAAUUACAUACGCGCAUAUUAUAUGUUUAAUUAAAAUUAUAAAGGGCAUAGCCAAAACCAAAAACUUUUCAGCAAAAUUUUUUCUUUUAGUAAGGAUACUUAAAAAAUAUCACAUUCAACAACUCGCUGGCGGCAUUUUCUAUAAUCUUACUUGGCUAUGCUCUCUUUAUGUUCGUAGAAAGAUAGAGUACACAUUGACUGCACAUAAUUAUAUUUAUAAGUAAAUUUGUACAGAAAUUAAAUAAUAUAUAUACUAUAGAUAUAAGAUUAGUCAAUCCAAGAAAUUAAACAAAUCUCUAUUCUUUAAAAAUAUAAAGAAAAAAAAAAAAUUCUUAUAUUUAAUUGACAUAUAUUGAUAUGUAAUGAUGGCUGAUAUUGACGUAAUAGUAACUAAUUAAAUUACUAUAAGUUAAUAUGAUAUGGGAAAUAAACCUCAAGUGCCUUGUGCACAUUAGGAAAUUUUUGUUUUCUCAAAAUGAGACUAUUUUUGUUAUUUUUUUUUUCAUAUGAAUACUUCUUCAAAAUUACAAAAAUUAUGCUUUAUAUUUUUACACAGAAAUAUGCGCAUACAGGGGGAUUGAAAAUCUAUUUUAUACAUUAGAUAUUUUUAUAAAAAAUCAUUUUAUUUUCUUUACACUUCAUUUAAGGAUUAAAUAAUACUUGAUUAAAAAAUAAUUUUGUUUUGAGUUAUAACAUAUUUUGAAAACGUAAAUUUGAAGAAUUUCUAACAUGUAAUCGCUACUAUAAUAAAUAGCUUUUAUAUAUUAAGUAUUGUAACAUUAGAUCCAAUAUAUUAAUGUUCACAGAAAGCAAUUUUUAUUUCACUGAUCAUACAUGACUUGUAUAUGAUUCUGACGUUACUAGGAAAAUUUGUUCAAAUGUUAUUUUAUUACUAUUAGAAAUUAAAGAGCUUUUCGUAUUUCUGUAUGCAACAUUGUUCCAAACUAUGAUAAAAUUUUAGUGCGUAUCAAGCAUAAUUCAUUUAGUUUUGUUUAAUUUUAUGAAGAACAUUAUAAAAAAGAAAGUAAUAUGUCCUGUUUUACUCAGACUAGCGAAUAGAAACUGUACUAUUGUGAGCAUUUGUUCUAUAUAUUGUGAUAUUGCUUUUUUUAUUAAGUUUUAUAUAUAAAAACGCAUUACUUUAUUAUUUGUUUGGUAAAAUAUAACUAUUUA